GACCUUCCCUACUUGCGCAUCCAUCUUCCUGCGCUUCCCUAGGGGAUGCUGCGGACGGCUUUGCAGGCGGCUUCCCCUUCGGAAGGGCAAUCCUCCGAGCGCUGAGGCUGGGGGCAGGCGGGGCUGUGCCCGCAUCCCGCGGGCAUCCCCUUCGGGUAAUUUCCGAGCGCGGAUCGGCUCCGCGCUGCCUCCCGCCCCGCCCGGCGCCGCGGGCCGGGCCGAGCCGAGCCGGGCAUGGCGCCGCUGGUGCUGUACCACUGGACGCAGUCCUUCUCCUCGCAGAAGGUGCGGCUGGCAAUCGCCGAGAAGGCGCUGAAGUGCGAGGAGCACGAUGUGAACCUGCCGCUGAGCGAGCACAACGAGCCGUGGUUCAUGCGCUUGAGCUCCUCUGGAGAAGUACCCGUCCUGAUCCACGGGGAAAACAUCAUUUGUGAGGCAACGCAGAUCAUUGAUUACCUUGAAGCGACGUUUGUGGAUGAGGAAGUGCCAAGAUUAAUGCCAGAAGAGGGGAGCAUGUAUUACCCAAGGGUGCAACACUACAGAGAGCUUUUAGACUCCUUGCCUAUGGAUGCCUACACACAUGGCUGCAUCCUGCACCCCGAGUUAACAGUGGACUCCAUGAUUCCAGCCUAUGCUACCAGCAGAAUCCGUAGCCAAAUAAGUAACACAGAAUCAGAACUGAAGAAACUUGCAGAAGAAAAUCCAGACCUUCAAGAUGCCUACAUAGCAAAACAGAAGCGCCUUAAGUCUAAACUGCUGGAUCAUGAUAAUAUCAAAUACCUAAAGAAAAUACUGGAUGAACUGGAAAAAGUUUUGGAUCAGGUUGAGACUGAAUUGCAGCGGCGAAAUGAGGAAACACCAGAAGAUGGAAAUCAGCCUUGGCUCUGCGGUGAUUUCUUCAGCCUGGCAGACGUGUCCCUUGCUGUCACAUUACAUCGCCUGAAGUUUCUGGGAUUAGCAAGAAGAAACUGGGGGAAUGGAAAGAGGCCCAACUUGGAAGCUUAUUAUGAGCGUGUCGUGAAGAGAAAAGCGUUUCAGAAAGUUUUGGGCCACGUCAACAAUAUCCUAAUCUCGGCUGUGCUGCCAACAGCGUUCCGUGUGGCCAAGAGAAGGGCUCCCAGGGUUCUUGGCACCUCCCUGCUGGUCAGCGUGCUGGCAGGGCUGGGCUACCUGGCUUUCCUCUGCCUCCGGAGGAGAUUCGCCAACGCGCUGCUAGCCAUUAGAACCAGGCAAAAUUAUUUCUAAGCCUUGUCCGUCCCUGGUGGUGAGUGGAGGGCGUCUCUACCCCUCAGGAAAAUAUCUUCAAUAAAAUAUAAAUGUAGAAGAAUGAUUAUAUCUGUGAAUUAGAACAUUGUCACAGAGUAAUCAUCUCCCGCUGCUGUAUAAUUGGGUUGGCAAUGCUGAGAUUUUUUUCAAAAAUAUGUGUUGGGGGGAUGACAAAGGAAAGAAGAGACUUUCUCUAUAGCCAAGGGCCUAUAACUGUGACAGUGCUUUAUUAAAGUGGUUAUUGUCUCCUUUACCCAGUAGCUGACCUAAUUAAAAUGCUUUUAUUUAAUAGAUGUGCAGCGAUGUGACAGCUUUUCACUGUAGAUGAAAUGCAUUAUUGUGCAGAAACCAGCAUUGUUAAAAUAUUGAAAAAAGCUUUCUUUAAAUGCUCAGAGUAAGAUUUAACUGGAACAUUGUGCCUGUUGUGUGCAGAAGAAGGUUUCUCUAUACUGAUUAUUCUGUUCAUAUGCAAUUGGACCUUUAGGAAUGUGUUAAAAAGAAAUCUUGUGAAGCCACUUUUGCCAGUGUAUGUUCAUGCAGCAGUACAGGAAAAGACCUGAAACAGGUAAGAACAUCAGUGAUUUGUGUACCACACAAGUGAAAUUCUCCAGAGGCACCACUGGUACUAGAAACAGGUACUAGAAUUUUGCUGAAAUACAAAUGAGAGUGAAACAGCUGACACUCGUUUUUUGAAAGCCUUUUGGGCUCAGCUGCAAACUCUGCAGAAUCAAAUAAAACUAUUUUGGUGUACAUUUGCUGCUUUCAUUGGGGUGGCUUGAUGCAGUUGCCUCCAUAUGAAUGUCUGUCCUGUGUACCUUUUUGAGUUUCACUCUGAGCACUGCCUGUUUUUUGCACACUUCUUGGCAGCAUUAGCAAUUGCACCUGUCUCUAUCAUAUGCUUGCUCACAACGUGCACAACCAACUAGAAAACACAAGCAGAGCAAUGCCUUUUGUAUAAGUAAUUAAAAAUAGUUCACUAUCUAUCAGUCUGGUUAGGUAGCCUAGGUUGAAGGUAAGGCUGUAAUUUAGCAAUAUGUUUAUUUAUGGAUAGGGGUCAUCUUGAUGGUAAGUGAAAAAUGAAGUAAGUUUGGAGACGAUUUGUGCUGCUGAAUUUUUGCAAAACUGCACUCUUGUAGCAUGGAGGAAAGGUCUAGAAAAACAUUUGGAUUGCUUCCUCCUACUCAAUAGAUGCUGUGAGUUUUAUUAGUUUUGAACUGAGCUCCCAUUUCAACAAGAAAUGUACAUUUACCUGAAAGUAGACUUUGAAUCAUUUUGCAGCAAAAAAAGCAUUUGGGAAGGGCUGAAAAUUCUCAUGACAGUUUAGUAAGACUUUUGUAUGCUUGAUGAAUGUCUGAAAGCCUCAGAGUUUUGUUUACAAGUUGUACAUAGCUGCAACAAACAGAGCAUAGCUUUAAGUGUUUGCCUAUCAACAGUCAGUGCUAACAGGUCUAAGUGCAUUUUAGGUCCAGUGCUUUAGGUGGCUGUGAUCUCUGCACAACUACAUUUAGGUGUCAAGAGGAUCAUCUCAAGUUUUCUGGAGAGAACUGAGGCAGUUUCUGCCUGGGCAGUCUCACCAUCUAACAUCUAAUAUCAAUAUGGAUAAAAUUAUUGGAUACUCCUGCUUAUUAUUUAAUCUUGUGCUAGUUGUCUAGCAAAAGUAGACCUAAAUCUCAUUACUCCUUUUCAGUAAUAAGAAACAUCUUACCUAGGAAACAAUGUGCUUUUUUAUUUGUCAAAAAGACAGCUUUAUAUAAUUCUAUUUCAUGAUCCAGUGGCUCUCAAGAACUUGUUGAAUUAAAUGUGGUCUAUUUAGAAAAGCUUUAUUAUCUCUAAAGUGGGUUUAAUCCAACAGUACUUUUAACAUACUGGCAGCUUUAACUGAGUUUAUGUGUUGCAGUUCAUCUGCAUUUACUUGUAGCUAUCAAAUUCCACUAAGUUAAUAAACAUAGAGUAAGACCUGUAACUUAAUGCUUGCCUGGCAUGUAUUUCUGUCAGACCACCUGUAAAAUGUAAUUUGAUCAAGUCACAGUAAAAUUAAAUAUAUAUGACUUAGCCUUCUUUAGAGUGAAGUGACCACCAGAUGUCAGUGGUCCUCCAGGACUCUGCUCUGGCAUGCCUCUGAGGCAGGAAAACUACUUUUCACAGAGAAAAAGUUUGUGAUCUCAAGACAAGAGGGCUGUGGGCCCCCUCAUCACACUAGCAGCCUCUCCAGAGCCCUAGAAACAGCUGUAUGAUUCUACCACAGGUUUGUGCUCUGACACCUGACACUUAUGCUUGUGUAGUUUCUAUACUGGGUAAAUGAGAGGCCAAAGUUGAAAUAAUAUUUCACAUGAAAAUGAAUGUUGUUGAACAGCAAUUGAACUUGCCAUCUGCAAGAAUGAGUGCAGAUAAAACUUUUACUGUGGAAAAGUUUGUAUCCCUGAUUUGAUUCAUGUCUGUUAAUUCAAUUCUUUGGUAUCUUACUUAUUUUCACUGCCCUGAAGUACUCUGUACAUUGAUUUCUGUACAGGUGGCAGCAAAAGGCUUAUCCAUGAUUAAAUUCCUCAAAAUAGGAUGAGAUUUAGAAGCACAUAUGCUGCAUUUGGCUCUUUGUGCAGGAUAGCUGUUGUGCUUGUAAAGUUUCUUUUCAGCCUGGCUUAUUUUCUUUCUGGUAGCUCUGUACACUAUUUCAAUUGGGUACAGAAGCAAUCUUCUAGUUUUCAUUUACUAUUUGCUCUCAUAUCAUGCAUCAGAUAAAUUUCAUAUAUUUAUGUGGGACCUGCACAAUAAACAUUGAUUCUAAGACCACUUUCUAGUCUGGUUCAUACUCUCUGUGUCAGUAAAACAAAGCACAUUUUGGAUUACACAGUAUUGCUAUAAGGACUCUGAUGCUAUUCAAGCAGAGAAGCCCUUGAACAUCUUUUAAACCAGUUUAAAGUUUGCCUUGCAUGUAUAUGGAGAGAGCAGUAAUGAUGUUUUCUUAGGUUGUCUGUCUGAGCUGUAUAUGUAUGAGGUCCAACAGAAGCUAUUUGAU